AUGAAUUCAUUCGAUGAGCUUCCAUAUGAGAUCCUAUCCAUCAUCAUCACGGAAGCCGCGGACUGGGUGGCCCUCGAAAGCCUUUUGCAAGUCUCUCCGCGGGUACGAAGACUCUUUGCCGGAGAUGGCGAGACCCCCGGGAACCGUGAAGCCAUUUAUAUAGUCAAAUCCAUGUUGACAACAAAUCCAAUGAUGCAUCACGACCUGCACGGCCUGUUUUGCCAGUGUAUUGCACUGCGCCAGCCCUCGUUAGCAGUUACUACUCUCGAGCAGUUCAGGUCAGAAGACUAUGAUCAGUUGUCUGUGGUCUUCAAUUCAUCCAUAUCGCAAGCUUCGCUACGGGAGAUGGUACAUGUCGCAGCUAACAUCCAACGGCUUGCGUGCGCUUGCUUGACCACGUUCCUGAGCAGGAUUCGGGGGAUUAAACCGAUGUGCCACAUGCGAUAUGGUGGUGAUGAAGUACCAUACGAGCCGCGCGAAGCAGGCCCUCCCUCGUGGAUUGAAGAGUUUCGAGUCUAUCGCGCGCUGUGGCAUUUCCAGUUCUACUCUGACCUGCUGGGUGCGGCUGAACGACUGAAAUUCCCGCAGGAGGAUCUCAAACUCUUGCGGACGAAACCCCUCGUCUGGGAUAACCCGUCUAAAUCAUUGGAGUCUGAACUACUUUCAGUAAAUGAAUGGCUGUGGGGUAUGUUCUGUGAGAGAGAAGAUUCAUUCGCCGCUAUGCCAGCGGCGAAGACAUUCGUCAAUAUUUAUGGAGCAUACGUGGAUCCUCUCCCUGGUCCUUCACAAAUGCAAGACGAAUAUUCAGUCUGGGCCCCUCCAGCUCUUCCUAUAGACAAGGGCCCAAACGACUUUUGGGGCCAGGGAUCUGAUAUGGUCAGCAGAGGAUUGGGGUCGAUCGGACUCCUCCCUCACUGUGUGGUUGUUGACUAUAGUACACCAUCAACACGUCAGCUCUUCCACUGUUAUGAUGAUAAACCAAUUUACCGCGAUAUUGGUUUGAUGAUAUGGGAUAAAUGGCGGUUAUUUUGCCUUGGUCUCUGGUAUGCCUUUGAUCCUGACGAGUGGCGAGGGGGAUGUAUCCUAGGUCCAGAUGGAUCCCGUAUCCCACGGGGCUGCUUUCCACAGGGUAGCAUGCGCGAGCCUGGUUACCGUUUGUCCUUCUUUUUCAAGCCCAGGGUGCUGGAAAGGGAAGAAUUUGGUAGAAAAUGGGUCAGGGAUAAAAACAGGCUCUUGGAGACAAGCAAAGACAAGGAGACAAGCAAAGACGAGGAGACAAGUAAAGACGAGGAUACAAGCAAAGACGAGGAGAUAAGCAGAGUCGAGAGGAGGAUAAGGCGGAAACGCAAAGCAUGCCAAACUGGUCUUGAAUUGCCUCGAUCCGUUCAAACCAGAUAUCAGCUUAGACCUCGCUAA